GUGCACUCUAAAAAAUGCAUUGGUCGUUGAGGCUAAUUUUUUCUUGCUACGUGUACUUUAGUAUACCUAAAAAUAACUUUUAGUUUCUGAAACCAAUUUUAGGUAUGCUUUGGUUGCAUUAAACAAUUUAAAUUAGUUAUCAGAACUGGAUAUUAUUGUUAACUGUAUUUUAGUAAUGAUAACCGAUCACGCAUGUUGCAACGAAUAUAUUUUAUUCUACCUAGUAACCUAUACUAAUAUAUUUAUUUUUGUUAGCCAAAGCCAUGAUUAACCAAUUAUUUUUUUAAAUUUGGCGCCAUUAAACGUCGGCAGAAACUCCGAUCUGCUCAGCAGAUUCUGCUGUCCACUAAUGCGUGUGUUGUAUUGUGGGUGGUCAUGAUAUUUUCUGUGUGAUCAUACAAAGUAAACCUUGUGCCUUAUUGAUAAAAACUAAUAUUUUGUGUGUGCACAAUAUGAGUGAGAGUGGUGAUUUUGUAAGAGAAAAACUAAUUCAAUAUGGAUUAGAAUCAUUUACGGACACCUUCAAAGAAAAUAAAAUCGACGAAUCCAUCUGGUCUUCCCUUAAAGGAGAAAUUUUAAAGGAUUUAAUUCCCCAAGUGGGAUUAAGAAUAAAAUUCCAGCAGCAAAUCCGUUUUAAUUUAUUUAACUUAAUAGCACAGAUUCUCACAAAUCUUUUCUCUGUUCAAAGCGUUGAACAUGUUAUUGAAGAAGAUAGUGGGCCCAUUGAUGUAACUUUCUUGCUAACUGGUCCGCUAAAAAUAUCACCAGAAAAGAAAUAA